AUGACCACUUAUAUCUUUAUUAUUGCCUUUUUAUGGGGCGCACAUGGCCUAAGAGUCACCAUUUCUUUGUUGGUCUUUUAAUGUGCGUAAUGAGUGGAUGUUUGUAGUAAAGUGCGGGUAGUCUUGGCCACCUGGAUGUUCAUGGAAAAUGUUUUGGAAACUCCGGCUUAGGGGAUCCUAACAUUUUCCAUACCCUAUACGAAAGCAUUUCAUUGGAAAUACAAAAUAUGAUGGUAUGUUUUCUAUCCUUUAAUAAAUUACAUUUUUUAUUUUAACCUGCAUGGGCUGUAGUAAUUUUCUGUAUCAGCAAUAUUUUGGGGGGAAAAUGCUUCCAUACCCUGUGGGAAAGGGUAUAACUAGUUUAUACAAAACUCGGACAAAAGUCGUCUUCCAUUCACUUAAUAAAAGACAAUAACUGCGUUUACUUAGUUUGUCCGUGUUCGUGUGUACUUGUUGAAGUUAAAGCAAACAUUUCUGGACACAGAUAUUUAACUAUAUACAUAUGAUAUGUAUCUGUAUCUAUAAGCUAUACGUACGUACGCAUAUAGAUGCGAACGAACCGAGUGAGAGAUUGUGUACACACUAUUGCUAAGUGGAAGUUAAGUGAAAUCAGAGCCGGCAGCACUUUGAACUCCAACCCGUCGUUUUUUGGCCGUCCGAACGGCGGAUCACCACCUCCUUCAGAUCGCGAGAUCUGGAUAUUUGGUUAUUUGGAGAUGAGAUCAAUGGACGAACUUAGAUGGAUCGUAUCCGAUCCAUCGACACCUGUCCGAACCGACCCAGUUGCCUUUUAGACAUACUGUUUGUGUUUUGACUUUCAAUUCCAAAUUGUAUAGGUUUCCAAAUUUUCAAAAAAAAAAAAAAAAAAAUCCAAAAAAAAAACAGAAUAAAAUUCAAAAAGAAGCGAAGACAUGGCGUGGUGCUUCCGCGACAUUCGGCGCCACAUGUGCAUGCUGAUGCGUCAGAACUUCGCCAAAAGUUGCGAGAAGAAGCUAAACGAGCAGAUCAACAUGGAGUUGAAGGCAUCCCACCAGUAUCUGGCCAUGGCCUACCAUUUCGAUCGCUCCGAUAUCAGUUCGCCCGGAAUGCACCGAUUCUUCCUGAAGGCGAGCGCCGAGGAGCGGGAGCACGCGGAGAAGAUCAUGACGUACAUGAACAAGCGGGGUGGUCUUAUCAUUUUGAGCAGUGUACCACAGCCGCUGCCCUGUUUCGCCGACAGCUUGGAUGCACUGAAGCACGCAAUGAAAAUGGAACUGGAGGUCAAUAAGCAUCUGCUCGACUUGCACGCCCUGGCUGGCAAGGAAGCGGAUCCGAAUCUCUGCGAUUUCAUCGAGGCCAACUUCCUGCAGGAGCAAGUGGAUGGCCAGAAGAUCCUCGCCGACUAUAUCAGCCAAUUGGAGAAGGCGCAAAACCAGGUGGGCGAGUUCCUGUUCGACAAGUAUAUGGGCAGCGGCAUGCAUCCUGCGAAAUGAAUACCCCAAAAUGGACCACCAUCCGAUGAAGAAUGCGUAUUAUAAUUGGCGGACCCAUGUGUGUGUUCAGUAAAGAUUCGUUUUUUGGCCGAUCAAUGGGUUUGCCUUUUUUUCCUUUUUUUUGCUGCCACAUUAUCAGGUGGCUGGCGUAAAACUAACUCUAUAAAUAAACUCGCUUAUCGGCUCCAAAAGUUUCGCAAGAUUCUAAUUGAAAUCGACACCGAAACUGAAUCCAAAAACAAAGCUCCACGAAAUCAACAGCUAAACCCAUCUGAUAACCCUUUAGUUGGACCAUAGUGGAUAGUAUUGGAUAGUACAUCUGCUUUGAUCAGUGUUGUCAAACGGUUUGUAAUCAAAUGACUCAAUAUUGCUGUUAGAUGAUGGUGAUCUGGAAUCUAUAAAGAUAAAAGUUAAAAGAAGCCUGACAUUAAACUACAUUUGUUCUACCCAUUAUAUAAUAAAACACUUGGAACUUGACGAUGAAGCAGUUGGUCUAUACGAUAAGCAUUUGUGACGUAUUAAUAGGUUAUCUAUAUAGAUUGAGAUCGUGGCAGUCGGCAAGACACGCCAAAGAUAGUAACUCAUUCAUUUGGUUACAUAGAACAUAGAAAAUAAGUGCAGUGUUUCGAAACAUGGUACUAAAUCGAAUUAAAUUUUUCCGAUCUAAUCUCCGAAAUCAUGAUCCCCUCUGGGAGUUUGUGGGGCAUUCCCACAUUGGCCAGCGAACUCACCCAGAUCGCAGGGAUCGUCAUUCAGAACUGAAUGCUGAACUGAAUGGUAAGAUCUUGGCGGGGCUUAAUUGAAAAGCGCGUCGCAUUUCCGGUCUAAAGUCUGAGGUUCGGAGGCAUUUAUACGAAGGCAGACUGUACGUACAUACAGUGCGCUACAGAUGCGGCCCCAAUAAAUUGCCAUAAGCUGCGGACUAGACCAGACCAGACCAGACGAUCUGUAGUAGUAGUAAUCCUCCCCCGGCGGGCGGGCGUUAGAAAAACUCGGUGUCUGGUCGACGGCGUACUUGUCCCAAUUAAGAUUUCUGUCCAAUCCAAUACAAUUUGCAGCUGGAAAUGUGAAAAGCCUAGAGUUGCGAGAUUG